AUGACAGAGGAACUGGAUCUCAUAGGACAGGACUCUGAUGGAGGUAGUGAUGAGGUGGUCCUUACUCCUUCAGAGCUCAUUGAAAGGCUGGAGCAGGCCUGGAUGAAUGAAAAGUUUGCCCCUGAGCUGCUGGAAAGCAAGUCGGAAAUUGUAGAAUGUGUCAUUGAACAACUAGAUCACAUGGAAGAAAAUCUCAGGAGAGCCAAAAAAGGGGAUCUGAAGGUCAGCAUCCAUCGAAUGGAGAUGGAGAGGAUCCGCUAUGUCCUUAGCAGCUACUUGCGCUGUCGGCUCAUGAAGAUAGAAAAGUUUUUCCCUCAUAUCCUUGAAAAAGAGAAAACACGCUCUGACAGGGAGCCUUCCAGCCUUUCUCCAGAAGAAUUUGCCUUUGCAAAGGAGUACAUGGCUAAUACAGAGACAUACCUAAAAAAUGUAGCCUUAAAGCAUAUGCCUCCUAACUUACAGAAGGUGGACCUCUUAAAGUCAGUUCCCAAACCUGAUCUAGAUUCAUACGUGUUUUUGAGAGUGAAAGAACGACAAGAAAACAUACUGGUAGAACCAGAAACAGAUGAACAGAGGGACUAUGUGAUUGACUUGGAAGAAGGUUCGCAGCAUUUGAUCCGCUAUAAAACCAUUGCACCUCUGGUUGCUUCUGGAGCAGUACAACUAAUUUAA